UGAAUGUAAUUUUUUGAUACCGCUCAAGUGAAUCUAUUUUGUCCUACUGCGGCUUCCGUAUUUGGGGUAAAUCCAAAAUGGCUUCCGACAUCGACAACGAAUUGAUCGAGAAUGAUUUGCCCAAAGCUGUCGAAUUGUUCAAUACCCUCACAGAGCAGGUGGCGGCAGUGACGCGUCAUGUACAAGAUCUGCUGACUAAAGUUAAAGAAGGUGCAUUUAACACAUCGAAGGGCUUGUCCUUUUUGGAUCUUCGCUAUCACCUGCUACUCUUCUACCUCCAAGAUCUCACUCACCUGAUCAGCAUCAAGACAGAAGGUGGCAAAAUAAAGGAGAGUGAAGCCUUAAACCGUCUGGUCGCCAUCAGGACGGUCCUGGAGAAGAUGCGACCUCUUGACCACAAACUGAAGUACCAAAUUGAUAAACUGGUGCGCACGGCUGUCACUGGUAGUUUGGCUGAAAACGACCCCCUGCAGUUUCGUCCAAAUCCAGAGAAUCUCAUGAGCAAACUGAGCGACUCAGAGUCUGACGAUGAGGAGGAGAGCAAGGUGUCAGAGAAAAAAGCAGCCCGUGCCACAGACAGGAAAUAUGUUCCACCCAAAAUCGCUGCAGUGCAUUAUGAUGGCGACAUGACGGAAUCGGACAGACAGAAAGCUCAUGCGGAGAGGCAGAAACGUGCGGCGCUGAGAAGUUCUGUCAUCCAGGAGCUGAGGCAGCAGUACAGCGACGCUCCCGAGGAGAUCCGGGAAAGACGUGACUUCCAGAGCGAUCGAGAAAGCCGCGAGGAGCUACACAGGAAAACCUACGAGGAGUCCAUGAUGGUUCGUCUCAACGUUCCCAAGAGAGAGAAAAACUCCAGAAAGAGAAGACAGAUGGCCAUGUCUGGUCAGCUGAGCGGCAUCACUCACUUUGGUGACAUCACAGCGUUGACUGGCGGCCAGGAUGGCGAUAACCUUCGGCCCAAGAAAAAGAAGAAGCUCAUGAAGAAGGCAACCAAAAGAAAAGCCUACAAAAAGCACAGAUGAACCAGAGUGGAGGCUACACCAUUCCAGCUGAAAGAGCACGUUUACUAUCUCCAUAUAGAUUUGUGUUAUACCGUUUUGCUGGAUACCGUCUUAAGAACUGAUGUUUUCCUUCGUCAUUUGCCCAAAUUUCAACAAGAAUAAUUAGGAGAGAGAGGGUAAUCAGAGAGGAAGGCAUGACGGAGGUGCGAUGGAGGAAGAAUAACGAGACGGGAGAUAUCGUUCUUCCAUCUCCAUUCACCCCAUAGUCUUUUCUCCCGCCUCAAAAUCAGAAAAAGCCUGCCAUUACUUCCUCUUUCACCUCCUUGACCUGGGUCAUCUCAUAUUUGGGCCCAAAUGCUGAUACUAUGUGGGAUAAAGGUAAGAUUUUAUAAUUCAUUUCAUGCUUUUAAAAUAUUGUCCCUGCCUUUUGUUUUACACAAUACAAUAAGAUACGGUCCCAUUUCACUUCUCAAAUAUAGGAUAUAUGUAACUGGAAUUCCUGAAUCUUGAAAAUGAUCAGGGCUGUCCAAACUUUUUCAUACCACUGUAAAGGUCAUCACCAUAAUGUACUGAUAUGCUGAUGACCAUCUAGUGACAAACAACUUUGGUCUGAAUUUCACAAUGAAAAUAUACUUUUCUUUCUCUAUUUAAGCGCAAUAAUUUUUCCUGUUUUAUGGCGGCGGUCAUGCCACUUCCUUAAAGUACGGUGCGGGUCGCGCGUCAAAACAGGGUGUGUGCAUGUUAAAGCGUUAACUAACCCUGACAUCUGUAUCUACGACAUAAAACACUUGUUUUGUGAGCUCGCGUGGACGUCACCCUUCACCCUGACCAGGAUAGGGACCCAAGUCCAUGUGGUCACCGGCUGCCAUUACACGACGUGGAGAGCCGCUGUCUUGCCUUCGUUGCUGCACCACAAGUCCACAAAGUGAAUGAAAAUGAAGCACAAAUGAAAUGAAUUUUGGCCAAAAUGCGCCACCUCUAAUACUGCCACUUUAUGCCGUUUUUGGGUGCUGGAGGGCCCCCUGUUGAGGUUGUGUGAGAUGUUUGACCAUAAAAGUGCAUUAGAAGCAAGUUAGCAGCAACGAAGGCUGGACAGCGGCUCUCCACGUCAUGUAAUGACAGCCGGUGACCACAGGAGGGCGCGGAUUACCACCCUAAUUUCAAAUUGAUUUGAUUUUUUUCUGUUUUUUUCAACUUGCUUCAAAUGCACUUUUCUGGUCAAAAACACAGUGGGAACCUCAAUCACACUCAACAUGGGCCCCACAAGCAUUUUUUUGCAUGUCCCGCAUAAUUUCAAGUUGAGGGGGGAAGUUACACACCCCUCAUUGUGCCGACUGGGAAGGCAACGCCCUAUCACUUAUCAGGAUUUGAACACAGUACUACAGCACCAUGAAUCUGCGGUGCUACCAGUUGAGCUAGCCAUCUGACAAGCACCCAUCAUGUUAUAACAGAGGUGAUGAUUGCGAAAUGUGCCGGACGUGGAGGAAUAGAAAAAUGACCAAGAACUACACUCACCCUGAUCAGGUAUUGAACCUUGAUCCCCUGCACCAUGAAUCUGUGGUGCUGCCAGUUGAGCUAGUCAUCUGGGAAACUUCCGUCAUGUUAUAACGGACGUGAUGACUGCGAUACAUGCUGGCCCAGGAGAAAUAGUAAAACAACAAAUUACCGUUCUUGUCAUCACUGGGUAUUGAACCUUGAACCCCUGCACCAUGAGUCUGCAGUGCUAUCAGUUGAGCCAACUGACCGACACAACAGAAUUGCUCAAGGCAAAGGCAAAACCUACAGUGGAUGAUGAUUACAAUACAUGGUGAAAUAGCAAAAAGGCCAACAACUACACCUGGCAUUGAACCUGAUCCAUGAUUUUGCUGAUUUUAGCAUUCCCCCAGCGCCAGCACUUAUCGUGGUCAUCACCUCCGUUAUAACAGCACAGUGCUUGCCAGAUGAUUAGCUCAACUGGUAGCACCGCAGAUUCCUGGUGCAGAAGAUUGGGGUUCAAUACCUGGUGAGCACCCAAAAAUGGCAUCAAAUGCCAGUGUUUUAGGGAGCUGAUUUUUAAUGAAAAAAAACGUUUUUUUCUGUUUAUUUUCAACUUGUUUCUAAUGCAUUUUUUUCUGGUCAAAAACACAGUUUGUCUAUAUUCCCUCUCUGGGUUUUAGUUUCCGUUUUGGAUGCUCUUGUUUUGUAGUUGACUUCCUGUUCCUGUGCCUUGUCUUCCUUGGUUGUGCUAAUCACCCACACCUGCCACUAAUUACUCCUGUCUAUUUAGUUCAGGUGUGUGCUUAUCCUGAUGUGGGUUCAUUAUCA